UACUAUUGACCGACCGGCCAGAAACCGGUGGAUCUUUAGAGGAACGGUCCUGAUGUCGAUUCUUAGAAUCAUUUGUGUUCUUUCAUUUAUAUUUACGAAGUCGUUAACUCUAGGUGAGCUAAAUGUAAGAUUUAAUUCGUUUGUAGAACUUUUGGUGUACACUGUUGCAACAGACGACAAUGAUGCUCUGCAAAGGUUUGAACGUUCUGCGGAAUUGUUUGGAUUCCGCGUAAAGAUACUCGGAGCUGGUGAACCCUGGCUUGGUGGGGAUGUUGCAAAUUAUCCUGGUGGGGGACAAAAAGUGCGGUUUUUGAAAGAGGCAUUGGAACCCAUUUCUAGUGAUACAGAUUCUCUCGUACUUUUUUUAGACAGCUAUGAUGUUGUCUUUAUGAAUUCGGCAGAGAGUUUUAUUCGAAAGUACGAAUCUCUUGAGCACAGGGUUAUUUUUUCUGCCGAAAAAUAUUGCUGGCCCAAGCCCUCCCUUGAAUCGCAAUAUCCUUCUGUUGGCGAAAACGAGAGCCGAUUUUUAAACUCUGGGUCAUUUGUUGGACCAGCAGCGGAUAUUCACCGCAUAAUCAGUUACAGUCCAAUUGAUAAUGAAGAUGACGACCAGUUAUACUACACGAACAUUUUUCUCGAUCCACAACUUCGUCGCGAAUUCGAUAUCGCCCUGGACACACGAUCGGAGCUUUUUCAAAAUCUCAAUGGAGCCCUUGAGGACGUGAGAAUCGAAUAUAACAACGAAACGGGGUACCUUGUGAACGCCCUCACUGGCAGCCGACCCGUUGUUGCCCACGGAAACGGACCCAUUAAGGUGAAACUAGGUUAUUUCCCUUGGCUGUUUUUUCAGGUCAAAUUCAACUCUUUGACAAAUUACCUCGCACGAACGUGGUCACCAGCAAUGGGCUGUCUUUACUGUCAGGAGGAUAACAUCGAUCUGGACCACCUCUCAUUGGAUGCCUAUCCUGCAGUUCAAAUUUCUGCUUUCGUCACAGCUCCAACUCCCUUCGUGGAAGACUUCUUCACAGAUAUUUAUAACCUGCAUUAUCCCAAAAGUAGGAUUUAUCUAACCCUUUAUUGCAACGUUGAAGAACACUAUGCUGCCCUGCUAGAAUUCAAUGUUACACGAGCCUACGAAUACAAGUCUUCACUUAUUAUUGACGAAAAGCAAAUCGAAUGUCAAACAUUUUCUAGGUCUUUCUGCCUUGGACAUGAGGAUUGUGCCUUCGUGCUAACUAUAGACUCGAUGGCGCGACUUACGAAUCCAGGCACACUUAAUCAUUUAGUGCGUAUGAAUCGCAAUGUUAUCGCCCCGUUGCUCACUCGAGUUGGAAAGCUAUGGUCCAACUUCUGGGGAGCACUUAAUCGUGAUGGCUACUACGCAAGAUCAUCGGACUACGUAGAUAUCGUUAACAGGAAACAGAAAGGCAUAUGGAACGUGCCGUUUGUAAGUAACUGCUACAUGUUUUCUCGCUGGACGGCACGUCAGCUAGUCGACCGUUUACCACAAGACGAUUCUUUCGCUGAUAAAACUCUCUCAGCUCUGAUUCGCGAGAAGAAUAUUUUUCUCUUCAUUGAUAACCAAGAAUAUUUUGGUCACCUUAUCAAUCCGGAUACUUACAGCCUGAAACAUUUGUAUGACGAUUUGUGGCAGAUAUUCAAUAAUCCUACGGAAUGGGAAAGACGGUACAUCCACCCCAAAUAUUCAGAAUAUGUCAACCGCUCUCUGGAAGAAUUUGAGCAGCCAUGCCCAGACGUCUUCUGGUUUCCGCUCCUCUCAGCCCAGUUCUGUAAGGAGAUUAUUGAGGAGUUGGAACUUGCUGGGCAGUGGUCAACGGGCAGCAAUAUCGAUCCGCGUUUGGAAGGGGGCUACGAAAAUGUGCCAACAGUCGAUACACAUCUGAAGCAGAUUGACUGGGAUGAUCACUGGCUCCAUAUUUUGUCCACCUACGUACGCCCCAUUCAAAUGAGAGCCUUUGAGGGUUAUACUGACAUGCCUACCGCUCAAAUGAACUUCGUCGUUCGAUACAAACCCAACGAACAACCUAGUCUGCGUCCGCAUCACGACGCCUCUACGUACACCCUCAAUAUCGCUCUCAAUCGUCCGGGUUUCGAUUACCAGGGUGGUGGCGCUCGUUUUCUUCGCUACAAUUGCUCAGUCGUGAAGUCACGUGUGGGCUGGGCACUCAUGCAUCCGGGGCGUCUAACUCAUCUCCAUGAGGGACUGAGAACUACCCAUGGGACCCGCUACAUUCUCAUCAGCUUCGUCAACCCUUAG